GGGCAGUGCUGUGUCCUCACGCUAUGUGUAAAGAAGAAGAACAAGAAGUGAAAUUAAAAGUCCGGGACCAGCUCGAUGUGAGCAGUUGAGAACCUGGUCAGGAUGGCGGCAGACUCAGAAUCCAAACUCCAGCUGGUCCACAGACACAUCCGCCAAUUCCCGGACUUCCCGAAGAAAGGGAUCCUGUUCAGAGAUAUCUGUCCCAUCCUGAGGGAUCCAGCUGCUCUCACCGCAGUGAUCGACCUGUUUGAAGAACACGCCAGGAAGAAUUACAAGCAGGUCGAUUUGGUCAUAGGGUUAGAUGCUCGUGGCUUCCUGUUCGGGCCUCUGCUCGCCCAGCGGCUUGGUGUCGGCUUUGUCCUGGUCAGAAAGAAAGGCAAACUACCAGGAGCCACCGUGUCUGUGGCAUAUGAUCUGGAGUAUGGCACGGCUGAGGCAGAGAUCCAGGAGGACGCCGUGGCUCCAGGACAGAAGGUUCUGCUCAUUGAUGACCUCCUGGCUACUGGAGGGACGCUGUUUGCAGCCUGUGAGCUGAUGAGGAAGCAGCAGGCCGAGGUUCUGGGCUGCAUGGUGAUCAUCGAGCUCAAAGAGCUGAACGGCUCCAGCAAACUCAAGCCACACAGUGUUUUCUCCCUGCUUCAGUACUGAGGACCAAACAGUGGUUUACAGCCAGCGGGUCUCCUCUCCAACUCCCUCACUUACAGUUUUUAUUAUUUCAAACCUGCUAAUUCUCUGAUUGCCUUACCCAGCAUGCUUUGGGCUUAUCCCAAGGAGACAGUUUGGUUUCUACAGUUCCUAAAGGAGUCUUAAAAUGUCUUAACAUUUCUAGAACUUUCCUUUCACCUGACGCACACUGGGAUCACUCAGCACCACUCUGUGCCAAAACAGGAAGUGGGACAGAACAUUUCAUCUCAGACUGAAUGACCUUAUGUCUACAUUUUGCACAGUUUUUGUUUUAUUGUAUUUGAUAAAACGACAGAUUGUCCUCUUCAGCACGAAGGUGGCGUCACUGUUUGAAGGGGCGGAACGUGGGUCAGUGACUGGAAGCCAUGCCAUGCUAUCCAUGUGAGGCUACAGUUAGCUGUGGCAUGCUAUGCUGGCUAAUAAACAAUACUGUAUAUUUGUUUGGAUUUUGGAGAAUCCAAAGUCUUAAAGUCUUUACAUUUGUGCACAAUGUGUGUAUUUGAUGGAGGUAUCCAAACAUGGCCACCUCUUCUAUGAGGACAGACUCAUAUUAAUGUAAAAUAGAAUAUUCUGUAUUCCACUGUUUGAUAACAUACUGUGGGAAAAAAAAUGCACACAGGAUGAUGACCAAUAACAAAUAAAUAAAAGUUGGAAUGUUGUAUUUAAAGCCAUACAGCUGUUUAUUAACAGUUGACCAAUGACCUCUGUUCCCUUCACUGAUGCAGGUUUCCUGUGUUCUGCUUGUUGUGAUUUUUGUCCUUAAUGGAUAAUAUUUGUGUUUCUUUGUUUGAACCACAAAUGUAUUAAUUUAAUAAAGGAAACUACAAACUACAGACUUGGUGAAGAGUGUA